GCCCAGUUUGAUGUUUUAUUAUAAAAUGAACUGAAACACGUUGAAAUUCAGAUUUAUCGCCGUGACUGUUACAGAAACGGAUGAACUUUAAGUGAAACUAAUGUCCUCUCCUCGUCUCCGCAGGGCGUCCUUCGUCUCCAGCCUCCUCUUCCUCUUCCUGGUGGGCGGGGCUUCGCCGGCCGUGGGCCAGUCCAGCGAGCAGACAGAACCCAUGUGCUACGACUGGGGCGAGUCCAGUGAGGCGGGCGUGUCGGUUCUGGAGGGGGAGUCCGGCUGGCUCUCCUGUCCGCUGUUCUCCCACCCGUCCGUCUACAACUACACGUCGACCCAGAGCGCCGGACACACCCUGUUCUGGUACCGACUGCUGCACGGCCAGGACCUGGAGGAACCCAUCACGUCCAGCUCGCGCCUCAGCAAAGACAGAGAGAGACUGUGGCUGCAGCCGGCAACCAGCGACGACACCGGACAGUACAUCUGCAUGCUGCGCAACAAGUCGUCCUGCAGUAAGAUCGCCAUGCGUCUGACGGUGCUGCGGCGGGACGAGGCGGUUCGCGGCGUCGACUGCGAGCCUCCGGUCGCCGUGGCGGCGGCCCAGGAGACCAUCGCGCUGCAGGGCGGGGAGACGCUGGACUGCCCGGACCUGCAGGACGCCGCCAAGAUGGCCGACGGCGAGCCCACGGUCACCUGGUACCAUGUGAGACGACACCUCUCGAUGUGUGAACAGUAUCCGUUCUGGAACAACGAGCGGCAGCAGAAAGGAGCCAGUCUGAGGGUCUUCGUCAUGCUGGACUCCUACCAGGGCUUGUACUUCUGCACCGUUCACUACCAGAGGAGAGGAAAGACGCUCAACUUCACCAGGAGCAUCAACGUCACUGCAGUCUAUCCACCUCAUGUCUACAAACAUCCGAGCAUCCUCCAGCCAACUCAGGACCAAGUGUUCAGCGUCAAACCCGUGUCGCUGCCGUCGGUGGAGCUCGGCUGUGGCCUCGGCGUCACCCUGGUGCUGAUGCUGCUGCUCUUCGUGGUCUACCACGUGUUCUGGCUGGAGCUGCUGCUGCUCUACCGGUCCUGGUUCGGCACCGACGAGCGCCACACAGACGAUAAGGAGUACGACGUCUACAUCUCGUACGCCAGGAACAGUGAAGAGGAGCAGUUUGUUCUGUCCACGCUCAGAGGAGUUCUGGAGAACGAGCUGGGCUAUUCAGUGUGCAUCUACGACAGAGACAGCCUGCCUGGAGGGACCAUCACCGACGAGACUCUGAGCUUCGUGGCCCGCAGCCGGCGCCUCCUGGUGGUGGUGAGUCCGGGCUACGCCUCGCAGGGCUCCCAGACGCUGCUGGAGCUGAAGGCCGGCAUCGACGGCAUGGCGCUGGGCGGACACCUGCGGGUCAUCCUGGUCCAGUACAAGCCGGUGCAGAGGCAGGGCUGGGUCCGGGAGCUGAGGAGGGCCCGGGUGGCUCUGGCGCUGGUCCGGUGGCAGGGGGACAAGUCCAGGGAGCUGACGUCCCGGUUCUGGAAGAGGCUGAGGGUGGAGCUGCCUGUGAGGCGGGUCAGCCGGGGGGAUGAGGAGGAGGAGGAGGGGAGCAGUAAGGAGGCGAUUCUGAUGAGGCUUCACAGUCAGAACAGCACCAACUCCCAGACGGGCCUCAUCAGCAACACCGUCAAAGACCCGCAGAAGGUUCUGAACUGUGCGGCGUAGCGUCGACGGCGCUGCUGUUAGCAUCAUGUAGCUUUACGGUUCCUGAUUGACAUUCAUCAGCUCAAAGCAUUUCACAAAGACCUUCAAACAGAAACACCCGACAAAUCCAACGUUAGUUUUAGGUUCCGUCAGGGAUCUGUGGCAGAACCAGUCGACAAAAAGAUCCGGUUUUCAUGUUUAAGUGACACCCUCUGCGAUCUCUUUCGACUCAGUUUCAACAUCAGAACAAAGCAUUAAGGAGGCUUAAGUUUACCGCCACGCUAGCAGCUCCAAGAGGGUAAUCACGCAUUUUCAUAUCAACACGCUAACAUGCUAUUAGCUUCUUUUUUUUUGUUUUGGAGUCAAAACAUUUCAACCAAGCUAACGACAACUAAUUUCUCAUAACACAUAACUUAUAUACCUACAUAAUACCUUUAAAUCCUUGAAUCAGCGCUACUGGCAUAGCUACAAAGUUAACAUAAACAAUGUUGUUAACUAGCAUGCUAAUGUUGCAUCCGCUACACGGUACAUAAGUUACAACUACAAUAUCUCACAUUUACCGGUCAUGGAACUAAACGUUUGACCUGAGGAUGGGUCAGAACAUUUCAUGGUCGUCCAGUUCCCAAGUGUUGGUCGGACUGGGAGACGUUUAAGACAUUAGAAAGGAAGUUAAAAAGACUAACGUUCCAUAACUCAGCUUCAGUGUUAACUGGUCUCUUGUUAUCAGCAUCAUUGUUAUAAAUCACCGCAUCUGCACACUAUCGGUUGAUCCUUAUCACUAUAUUUCUAUGUUGCUUGUUUGUUCAGCGCUUUCAGGAAGUCGGCUACAGUGUUUUGUUUACUGGUCCUUUGCAUUUGGUUUUGCUUCUUAAUAUUCGUGCAACAAGGACUGAGCUCAUUGGCUGAGACACCUGUCAGUCAAAGCUAAAAUAAAUCAUCAGACACUAAGACGCAUUGCUAGAAAUCUGAGGACGUCAUGAGUCCAUUAAGGCUAAAGUUAUGUUGGUACUGUGCUGGAGAGGAUAUCUACGACUGUAAGGAAUCCGAUUACUAAUUUUACAGGUAAAAACAGGGCAUUUUGGCCUGGUGGAAUCACUGAAGUCAGCAGGACUCAUCCUCAGGGAACCAUGAAUGUCUGCGGAAAGUUUCAUCUCAAUCCUUCCAAUAGAUGCCAAGAAAUCUUUAAGUGUUGGACCAUCGAGCAGCAUUUACACCCCUAAAGCUACACCUGUAGCUGAAUGUAUCACCUUUUGCAGAAAGUCUUGUCCCGAAUACAGUAUUUUUUUUUUAAUUGUUUAUAUUGUUUGAUAAUUUAAUGGUGGGAAACGCUGUACUUUAUUGCAUCUUUAGGGCAAAGUGAAAUUCAUUCACUUCAAUCGUCUGUCUUUACUCAUUGCAGCACCUGGUGGCUGGAAGAAGAACUGCAUUAUAAUACACUUUAAUACUCAGCUGUGGUGGUUGUUUAACUUCAGUAAGAAAAUAUUUUGGGGAAUCAUUCCAUUAAAAAAAAAAAACAAAGCACAGAUGUAAAGCAGGGUGUCAUCUGCAUAAAGGAGGAUUCAUAAUUUUAUAUAGAAGCAUCACAGCUAUAAAAUGUGUCAGAGGGAUUCAUGCACUGCAGGUUAGGGGUUUUUUUUUAAAGAAAACAGUAAAAAUAAUCUAAUCAGUACUUUAAAGAUUUGCGGUUACACUGCACUUUGCUUUUGGUCACUGUUUUCACUGUAAACGUUCAGUAUAUCUGCAAUAACUCAGUUUUCUGUAAUAAUCUGUUUAUAUCUAACACUUCAUAAAAUCUGGAUUUUAAUGGGGAAAAAGCAUCCUGCACUUUGUUAUGCUCUAAAGUUUGUAAAAUGUUUAAUCUUUUGGGGGUUUGUGUUUGGGGUUUUUUUGUUUUUUUUAAAUAAAUUUUUCAUUUAA